GAAAAAUUCUCUGUUUUUUUUUCUGUGGAUUUGGUUGGUUGAUGAUGAUGAAGAAGGCUCGAAUGGGUUUAGGGAAGAAAGGGGGAGAAGGGUUCAGGUUUUGCAGGAGGUGGGACCCACUUUUUUUUCUUGUUUGGUUUUGGGGCAGAAUGGGUCAUACUGCCAUGUCAUCUUUUUUUUCCAGCAGCUUUCUCUUAAGGAUAUGAGAAAAGUUGUGGAGAAUUACAACCGGGUAACCCAAGGAGUUCCAGAUCUUGUGAACAAAGCUAUUUGUGUGGUAUGCUAUCAUGAGUGUGGUGAUGGUUAUGGAUAUAUUGAUGCGAAGGAACUAGCCCUCCCCCAUGUACUGCCACCAUUUGUACAACUAGCUGCUGGAAAUGGUAUUUGUUAAUUUGGGCAGCUUCAUGAGUUCUAGUUGACCAUGAGUUAACUAAGGGGGCCAACAAAAAAGACCCAAGGGGUUGUUUCUGAGCAGACACUUCGACACUUAAAUUAGCAAUAUUUUAUACUUAGGACUCUUUUUAGAGAGAGAAGUGCUCUCGGAAAAGUCUUUUACCUUUGAUGGGUGUGGGUAGGGGUGGAGCCAGGAAUUUUAGUUAGGGGAAGUCAGUUUUUCAAGUCUUAAAAUAAUGUAUUGUAAUUUUG